AUGAAGUUUACUACUGCUGCUAUUUUCGCUGCCUUGGCUACUGCAGUUUCUGCUAGUUUUACUAUUCUUGAACCUUGGAGUGCAACUACUUGGGAAUCUGGUAAAAGUGGUACCGUUUCUUGGACCUCUACUCCUGAUGAAGCAGGCAAGAAGUGUGAAAUCCACUUGUUAACUGGUCCUAGCGAUAAUGCUAUUUUCGUAGCUAACUUGACUGCCAAUGGUAACUUGGUUCCUUGUGAAUUCAUUGCAGCUACUUUCUAUCCCCUUCCUGAUUAUGCCACUGGUAACUACUUUGUUCGUCUUGGUGAGAACGGUGCCAGCUACGAAUAUUAUGCUUAUUCUGCUAAUUUCCAUUUUAUCGGUAAUGGUACUGUUACCUCUGGACUCUAA